GCUGUGCGCGCGCGUGUGUGUCACUGCGUGUGUUUACUUGUACAUGCGCCUGUGAUCAGUGUGUGUCUGCCGCUGCCAUGGUGAGUGUGUCAGCGAAUGCCUGUCGUCUGCAGCUUCGCUAAGCAGAAAUUGCCAUUACUGCUGCCAAUUCAAGCGUGCACGCGUCAAAAAACUAGAACACGUCCCACCUCACUGGUGUCCGAGCAGCUUCCACGGUCCAGCGACACGUAAACAUGGCAUUGCGGAGCGGCUUGCUGUGCAUCUCAUUGUGGUGUAGCUUCACAGUAGUUCUCUAGAGGCAGUGACUUCACUACUGUUCUCUAGAGGCGGUGACUUCACUACUGUUCUUUAGAGGUGGUGACUUCACAGUUCACUACUGUUCUUUAGAGGCUGUGACUUCACUGCUGUUCUUUAGAGGCUGUGACUUCACUGCUGUUCUUUGGAGGCAGUGACUUCACUACUGUUCUUUAGAUGCGGGGACUUCACUACUGUUCUUUAGAGGUGCUGACUUCACUACUGUUCUCUAGCAGCUGCGUUUGUUUAUAAUCGCUAUUGCUACAAUUGCUGCUGUUUUCGGCUGGCUGAACAGGUGGCUUGCCCAUCGCAUCUAUUUGCAUCACACUCGCAGUGCGUUUAAAAAAAGAACAGAAACAACUCUGUAAUCGGCACGCGCACAGGGUCAGUUCAUUCUGCAUCAAGUCUUCCGUUCAAACGUACAUACACAUGACCAACAGACAUCUGUGCCAGUGACAAAUUUAUUGCGUAUAUAUAUAUACAAACUUUACGCAUCACCAGUGUGUGCGCGGGGAUUUUAGUGGCGUUUGCACGUGCUCCACGCCAACAAGCAUUCUUCGACGUUGGAUCGUGGGUGUGCAUACGACCAGUGUUCCCCGGAGCAACCCUGAAGAAGUUUCUGUUGCGGAGAUGCCGAUGCCAGCUAGGAAUUCUGUGAUCGCUCUCUGAAAUCCAGUUCGUUAGUGAUUACUGAAGUAUGGACGCCAACCGCAAGUAUCAAUUUCAACUGGAUCAUCAGCGAUUCAUCUUUAAUAUCCAGACCGUUGCCAAAAUCCUGACAAUCGUCAAGUCCGGCUGCUAAUUGCUAAUCAAAUGAACUCCUGAAUCGGUGCCGUCACCGUCGUCACUGCCAUCGCAACCAGAUGCUGCUGCUCGUUUCCGAACCAAAGUAGGAGCACUUGCCAAGCAACGCUUCUUCUCAUGUGGAGGGGCAACGAGCCGCUGGCGCCGGGCAACAGGCCGGUCUGCCUGGACACGGUGAGCAUCGACACUGACCUUGACCCCGAUGACCUGGACGACAUCGAGGCGUCGUACACGGACAUGCAGGGUUCGCUCUGCGACAGCCUCACGAAUCUGUUUAUCGACGAGGACGCAGGAUGCUCGGACGACUCGAGCCGCGACAGCCUGACAAACGUCUACCGAGACGACACCUCGCUCGACGAGUCCUCGCUGGAGGCGGCGGGGAGAAGAGGAUGCACGGAGGCGGGGAGGGGCAGGUGCAAGGAGGGAGGACGGGUAGAGGUUGGUAGGGAAGCAUGCAUGGAAGAACGGAGAGAGGUGUUUGUGGAUGAUAGGAGAGCAGGGUGGGUAAAGGAGGUUAAAAGUGCAGAGGAAGUCCGAGGUGCAGUGUGUGAACUCAGUAAUUCAUGGGACGGGAAGGUAAAGGGCAUGCUUGGAAAGGAAGCCAUGCAGGAGACCAACUGCCAUUCUCCGCAGCACUACAAGGACAGGGAGACGUGGACCAGCAACGAUGGCAGCAGUCGGGGAAGCUCCGUACGUCUAGAGGAAGGCGAACGAAUGUCGCCAAAGAGAAGUCUCGACGUUGCGGAGUUUCACGGGCCUGGUGUUAAGCCUACUCCAGUUCUGAUAGGGGGUCUCGUUCAGGCAAACCUUCACCACAAAGAGGGCCGUGAACGAAUCUCCCCUCACAGGAUCCCUGACGUCGCAAAUGCUUCACAGCUAGGCGAUAAGAAAAGUGCUUUAGGCGACAAUAUCGUGCAGAAAAACUCUCUCAGGCGUGAGCAAGGAGAGCGGGUCUCUCCUCAGAGGCACAUCGACGUCAUAGACAACGUUGAGCUUGGUGGUAAAAGAGGAAGCCCUUCUGAGGCGGAGAACACCCGUGGAACCCACAUGCGGCUAGAAGAAAGAGAAUGCGUCUCUCCUCGGGGAAAGCGCGACAUGGCGAAUUCCCCCGGCAGCAAGCGGAGCCCCUCGCUCGCCGAAAGCCUGGAACUCGAUCGGCUGCUCGUAUCCUUCGGCGAGCAGAGUACGCUAAAUAUAGAAAACAGCAGUGACACACCACGCGCACGCGAAUCGGCACACGAACUCACGCGGCCGCAUCUCACAGAGACCGAAAGCGUUAGCGGUGCUUCUGGGAGGCCGCUCCAACCCGUAGCUCUACGCAAACCCUUUGGCAUCAGCAGCGGCGAUUUGGAAGAGGUCACUCAGCAUCUGUCGGCGAUCAAGCGGCGAUCAUUGACCCUCGAACUCGGCGUCGACGACGUGGGGCGAGGGUUAGAGGCGAGUGGUGAACUGCCGACCCCCGAGUUGGCAAGGAUACGGCGGGAGAUGUGGAGCGACCUGGCAGACAUCAUAGGCGAAGAGCAGGCUCAGAUGUUGAAGUGGGCGUGCGAGACCGACCGCAAGGAGGAGAAGGCGAAGGAGACGCAGGUAGACGUUAGGAGCGAGGUUGACAAAAUACACGCAUGCGUGGAGAGCAGUCUGGUGAGUCUGAAGCGUGACUUGGAGGGAUGGCGGGAGAUACUGCUGCCUUGCUAUGCAUUUGUCACCUGGGAGCAAAAGUACUUUGCCGGGAUCAUAAUGGGCAUCGUUAGCAUCGUAUUUCUGAUGCUCUGGUAUUUUGAACCUACUAUCUUGACCACGGUGGCAUUAUUUGCUCUGUUUCUCUGCAUUGUGGACUAUGUGGUACCUCUUGCUGCUUCAAACAUAUUUGACUCAGACAAUUGGACAGGAGAGAAGGAGAAGAAGUAUGAGCAGGUGUGUGAGCGCAUACUUCACGUGCGCGACCACACCACUUGUUUUUUCACCAUGCUUGCAGACCUCAAGCAGAACAAGCCGAAGAUCUAUUUCGUCUCAGUGAUGGGAGCAUUGGCUGCCAUUGCAUGGAUCGGUAACACCAUACCAAACCUGUUCCUGACUUACGUAAUCGUGUCAUUCCUUGUCAUGUUACCUGGCCUACGUGAGAGUGGAAUCAUGCAAGAGAUGACUGGAAAGGUCCUUGGGAUGGUUCAGCAGACAAUCGGAGGCAAGAAGAAAUCAAACUAAUCACCAGGAUGGUAGCCUGUCAACAUGCCCAUCAUCCCCUAACGCCAUCUAGUGCAGUGAAUGCUUACAGGAUCGUUGAGAGCGAAUUGGAGUAAGGAGGUGCGGAUGGUAUGGAUUAACAUAAUAUGUCAUUGGAGGUUUUACCUGCGGAUGAUAGGCAAUGCAGGGUGAGCAUGAUGAAAAUGAGAUGUAAGUUUUUUUUAGUUAAUGAUAAAAAAAGAUGUGGGAAUAUUGUGCGUGGAGUAUUUUCCAUUUAAUCUGUCUAAAGAGAAUGAUGUGUAAUCUGAAUAAGUGUUGUCGGUUGGUUUCUCUUCACCUUGUCUUGCGCUACUUAAUUGACCGGACUCUCAUCAAUUAUUUUUAUAAUCCCUGCCAGGCAACCCUCACGAUAGUAGCUCUACGCCUACACCAAAGAUUUAUUUAGCUUUAUAUUGCUUGAGUCCUCGUCUGUGGGAUGACGGGCGGAAUAUGUCGGCGUGGAACAUUUGCGGAGAUUUUGUGCAAAUGUUUCGUGGCGAGGUUUCGAAAGUUUGAAGCUCUUGUGCAGAUAUGAAAUACUUUCCUAUUUACGAUGGGGUUUUGUGAUAGAUAUGCAUGUCUAAUAAUAUGCCCCGUGUGUUAUGUGAAGUAAAUGUCUAUAUAUGUGUGAGGACAUGUAUUCAACUCUAGGAAUGCUGCUGCAUUCUGUACCUAUAACUCUGAUCUACAUUCUGUACUCAUCCGUGUACUGAUAGUAUGUGUUUGUUGCUGUAUGACCAGCAUUCAUUGUCAAUUAUAUCAUGCAGCUAUUGCGUAAGUCAUGGUCGCCAUAUUUUGCAACCAGCUAAUAAGGCUUUUGCCAAAAUCGAGUUUUUGUCAUUUGCAGCGAGUGCUUUUGCCAGGCUCACGAAUGUUGUGUUGCCUAUUCUUUCACAAACUAUUGCUGUUCUUGUCAUGGUCAUAGCCAUCGCGUUAUACCACUAAUGACUAUCCGAUAUUACUCUUGCGUGGUUUUGGCACAUACAAAAGGAAACAGCUGCAUCAUUCCUAGACUCACGUAAAGUGCAUUUAGCUGUAAAAUGUUUAUAACUACUAUGUAGAUCAUGUAAUAUCAAUGUUUGUAAUGUUUGUAAACUAAUUUUUAGCUACUGGUAUUUAAACGAGCAGCAUUUUGUUUUUAUGUCCUGUAUUUUCUUAGAAGAGAGAACAUGAUAUCAAUGAUAAGGUUUGUAUUUAAUAAUUUCAAAAUAUGUAAAUGUUUUGUGGCAAGGUAAGAUAACCAGACGUGAAUCAAUAUUAUACUCAAUGGUUUACAAAACCGUUUUGCCUAUUUCCCUCUAUUUAGUGUUGAAUGCAACAAUAUGAACAAGUCAAUAUUAUUGAGAUUCCAUUUUCUACUGUUUUUAUCAUAAAGUAUUAAAGCGUUUUUAGUCCGACUGUAAUUUUUUGUAUGCGCCUUAACACUUUUACUGUCAAAGACUGCCACUAGGUGGCAUGAGUGUAGUAUCCUUUUUAGGUAUAGAUCAGUGUACAGUACAAAUUACCAAAUUAUUGUGGUCUUAAUGUAGAUUGAGUGGUGUGUAUUGAAAUUAUCUGAAUUUCAAUGAGACUAUAAUUAAUUUGUGUCUGUAAUAUUUUUAAGGACUAUUAAUGAAACUAGAGCUAAGUUGGCAUGAUUGAAUUAUUGGCUAACGAUUGUUCCCACUAGGUGGCAACACGAAUUUAAGAAUUGUAAUGGCUAGUUACUAGCAAGGAGCUACAUAUAACUGUUAUAUGUAGCUCCUUGGUUACUAGUAGAACACGGUCGGGUGUUGCAUAUCCGGUUAGCCGUGCAGCAUUGCAAAAUUUGACAGAUCAUUGAAGGUUGAUUGGUCUCGUUCAUUGGCCAGGUGACAUGUCAACAAAGUGAUAUUUGUUGUUAACUUUGGCGCGUGUUGAGUAUGUUUGUCAUCAAGGCAACGAGGGCUGUCAACGUGACGUGUAUGUCAUCCAGGCGACCUGUCUGUCCUUAAGGUGACACGUUAUAAAGGUGAAAUUCAUGCCAUCAAGGUGGCGUAUGUGUCAUCAAGGUGACGUGGAUACCACCAAGGUGACGUGUGUAGCGUGAUGUGUGUGUCAUCAAUGUGAUAUGUGUCAUCAUGGUGAUAUGUAUGCCAUCAAUGUGACGUGUGUGUCAUCACGGUGACGUAUAUCAUAAAGGUUACAUAUGUCAUAAAGGUGAUGUGUAUGUGUGUCAUCAACGAGACGUUUAUCUUCAAGGUAACACGUGUGCCAUUCUAAUUUAUUUCACAUCUCUUGCACAGCAGGUGGUUACCCUGUCUGUAAUAAUCUUUGUCACCAUAACCUGCGUCUGCCAUCCCAAAUCUUCCUGUUUACACAGCAUGGAACCAACUGCUUUCCUUCGCGUGCACGUCACAUAGACCGUGGCGCGGAGCUGUGGUCGCUUCUCUAUAAUAACAACCCGAUCCACAGUGUCUGGAUAUAGUAGCAGUGUUCAGCUAAUGGUCAGUAGAGCUGUAUUCAUCGUAUUGUGUAGUAGGGACCAGCCAAGUUUGCCUUGCUUUCGGAUAUAAAGAAUCUGCAUUGUAUUCCUUAGACUUCGUGUGAAUCUGAUUUCCUGUCAUUGCCGCGGUAGCAGUAGAGAGAUUGACUAGUAAACGUUUUAUUUGUUGUUUUUACGUAACAUUAUCAGUCUUUAGGGUUAGUGCAUUUUUUAAUAGAGAGCUGUGUUUAGGAUGUCUGUGUGCAGGAGGUAUGAUGUACAUUUUUUAAUUCCUUGCUGGAACGAUUGGUGUUUUAUUCGAUGUUCGGUAAUAAAGUGUCAGUGUCACAAC